GUCUCUAAGGGCACUUAGUUCAUCACUGUACAUUUGAGACUAUCACAUCAGCUGGGACCCAGACAGGAGGAACGGUGAAACCUUGGACUGCAGAUCUGGACUGUACCUGAUUGAAGAGGUCAUCACUGAGACAUCAACAUGUCAGGUGUGGAUGCUAAUUUCACCUUCACCACCACCACCGCACUGGAUUAUUCAAGUUACUUUGAUUAUGAAGAGGAGGCGGCUCCCUGUGAAUUUAGCAGUCUUAGUAGCCAGGACUUUGUGAUCACUAUCUACUGUUUGGUUUUCAUCCUGGGCUUCAUUGGUAAUGGCCUCGUGGUGUGUGUCCUGGUGAAGCAUCGCGGUCACAAGACCAGCAUGACAGACAUGUGGCUCUUCAACUUGGCCUUCUCCGACCUCAUCUUUGUUCUCACGCUGCCUUUCUAUUCCCACCAAGUCAAUGUCGGCUACUGGCCUUUUGGAGAUUUCAUGUGCCGUUUCCUCUCAUGGUCCCACCACUCCGGCUUCUUUAGCAGCAUCUUCAUCAUGGUUGUCAUGACGCUGUACCGCUAUCAGGUCAUCAUGCAUCCUCACAGUGUGACACGACAUUGUACAAUGAGGGCAGGCAUGGCUGUAACCUUGUUUGUUUGGAUGCUGAGUUUGUGCAUCUCUCUUCCACAGUUAAUUUUGUCAAAGGUCACAAAUGAAUCUAAUGGGCUGCAAUGUGACUACUCCCUGGACAAUAAAGUUUGGCAAUAUUAUGAGCUAUUCACGACAAAUGUUUUGGGUCUAAUAAUUCCCUUGUUGGUGAUGGUAGCUUGCUACUCAAGAAUUAUUCCCAGACUAGUGAAAAUGAAGACUGCGAAAAGGCAACGUAUUGUUAAGCUAAUUAUGGCUAUUGUGACGGCCUUCUUCUUGUUCUGGACACCAUACAACAUUUCCCGUUUCUUGAGGUUUUUGCAGUACAAUAGUACAAUACCAGAUGACUGCAGCUGGGACAACAACUUGAAGCUGUCAAUAACGGUGACUGAGACUUUCGCUUACACUCACUGCUGCCUGAACCCCAUCAUUUAUGCCUUUGUGGGACAGAAUUUUAUGAAAAGAGCCUUGCGGCUGCUGAAAGGCUGGAGGAAUGCCUCCGGCAGCGAAUGGUCAGGAGGUUCAACCAGGAACAGCUCAGUUGUGUCCAAGGCCUCCGUUGUCUCCUCUACUGUUAUCAUGUAGGAAGUAAAAGGUGGAAAUGAUGUCACCUGAACAUCCCCUGUAGAGACUCUCAUCCUUUCAGCCUCGCAGACCAACCCUCUCCCUUAUUCAGUCAUUUUAGUUGUUUUUUUUUUCCACUUUCCACCUAAUAACAUUUAAACCAUCAGUGUUAUAUCUUUAAAAGCACUCUCCACCUCCACUUUCAUCUUUUUGAUUUCAUUGUUCCUUUGAAUUUGCAACAGUGUUUUGUUUUGUGCUUUCCACUCUUUUACCUGCUGUUAGGAAACUUUUAAUCUAACAGCUUAUAACCAUAAACCAUAAAAUUUGUUUGUUGUUUGCCUGUAAAUUCAACCUUUUUUUUUUUUUUUUUGUCUUUACACAAUAAUUUGUGAAACUGCAUGUUUGCCUUAUGGAAAAAUGAGUUUUGAAUUUUUUAUGUGAAGCUAGCUUUGCACAUCCAAAAGUAAUGAUUCAUCAUUGGUUUCAUUCUGUUGAUGUGCACCAGAUUUUCCAUUGUUGUUUUAUGCAUCACAUUUGUAUAAAUGUACAUUAUGCUGCACACCUCUUUUUAAUUUUACAGUCUUUAUAGAUAUUUGCACAAAGUCCAUAAUAUGGCUUAAUGUUUAAUGCGCAUUUGUCAAACUCUGUCUUUUAUUAUUAUUUUUUUUUAUUAUUUUCUGUCUGCUGUAUCAUCCAAUGUGAUUUUAUAUUAAAAAAUGAUUUUGU